UGGAAACAGGCGGGACAGAAUCAUGACAGUAUAAUCGUAGCAGGGCUGUAUGAGCACAGCAAUACAGGGACAGAUGUGGAAACCACUGCACAGCAGAUCUCUUACCAGCAGCCGUGUCUGCAGGACGUCCAUGCUGCGCUGAAAGAGCUGACCGCCUCGUUGGCUGAACAGAAGGUGGAGAUGAGGCUGUUACAGAGAGAGAAUGAAGCACAAGCAGCAAAGCUGCAAGAGGUGAGGGCUGAGUUGGAGAAGCAGAAAACUGAGAUGCAGAGCCAGAAGUUUGAGCUCGAUGGGCAGAAAACGGAGACUGACAAGCUGAAGCAACAGCUGCAUGCCGGGCAGGUGGCUUUCUCAGCCUCGCUGUUGUCCGACGGCGAGGCAACUAUCGGACCCUUCAACGGACACACUGCUCUGGUCUUUAAAAAUGUCGUCACAAACAUCGGAAGUGCCUACGACCCAAACACAGGUGUUUUCACUGCAGCGGUGAGAGGAGUCUAUCACUUCGAGUGGCACAUCGGUGUUGAUUCAAGUAACACAGCUGCUGUGUUGGUCAAGAACACAAACCACAUUUUUACUGCAUAUGAGCAUCAGACAGCUGGUUAUGGGGCUUCUUCUCAAAGUGCGUCACUGCUUCUAGAGGCCGGAGACACUGUGUGUGUGCAUCAGUGGACUGGCACAAAGAUACAUGAUAAUCAGAACCACCAUAGCACCUUCAGUGGUCAUCUGCUUUUCACCCUGUGAGAGGGGAAAUGUGUGGGCUUGCUUUGCAUUGACUAAAAGAAAACUGACUACCUUCCCUGUUAAAUGUGAUUUAGUCUCUCAUUCAAGAUUUCUUUUGUGACAAGCAGAUGUGCUUCAACAGUUUCUUAUUAACACAUGGAAUGAACACAGAGCUUUGCUGUUAAUAUUUACAAAGUCCAGGUCUUGUAAUAAUGAUGUAUUAAGUCAUAUAUAUGAAAUGUUUUCUUAUAAUUACAAGUGAUGGGUCUCAUCAUUAUCGGACAGCAAUUCCAAGAUAAAUCAGUGUUUUGUCUUUGCUGAAUGCAAUGAGCUUUCAAAGAAAACUGUCUCAAACAUAAUCUGAUAAUUUAGAGACUAUAACAAACUCUAGUAAAGAUCAAAUUUUCUGUUAAAUAAAAGCCUCAAAACAAUUUUCAUCCAUAUAAACACUUAGCUCUGUAUUAAUGUGCACAUAAUGAUAAACAAUAAAAGGAG